GAUCAACUUCCAGCGCCAAACCUUGCCUGGCUGCGCGCGUGUCCGCCUGGGCUCAGGACCUUUGAGGGGCUCAGGGUGCGGGGCGCGCAGCCCGGGACUGGGCUCCAGCUGCGCGGGGGCGAACAUGGCUCGGCCGCGGGCGCUGUUUCUCCUGGGCUUCCUCGUGCUCGGGCUCCUGCCCUCAGAGGCCGGCAAAAUCCUGACCGUGUCCUCACUGGGUGGAAGCCAUUAUCUGCUGUUAGACCGGGUGUCUCAGAUCCUUCAAGAUCAUGGCCAUAAUGUCACCAUGCUUCAUUUUGGAAGACAGUUUAUGAACCUAAAAUUAGAAAUGAAAAAAACAUCAUACCAAGUUAUCAGUUGGCAUGUACAUGAAGAUCAUGAGAAAGACAUGAAGAAAUACUUGGAUUUCAUAAUGACAGAAGCUCUGCAGAGCAGAGAAGCACAUGAGAACUUUGUAAAGAUAAUGGAACAACUGGGGACUCGAUGCAGUCAUUUGCUAAAGAGAAGUGAUAUCAUGCAUUCCUUAAAAAGUGAGAACUUUGACCUGGUAUUUGUUGAAGCAUUUGACUUCUGUUCUUUCCUGCUUGCUGAGAAGCUUGGGAAACCAUUUGUGUCCCUUCUUCCCUCCCCAUUUGGCUCUGCAGACUUUGGGUUGCCAAGCCCCUUGUCUUAUGUGCCAGUAUACCAAUCCUUGCUAACCGACCGCAUGGACUUCUGGGGUCGAGUGAAGAAUUUUCUGAUGUUCUUUGAUUUCUCCAUGAAGAACUGGAAAAUCUACUCUACGUUUGACAACACCAUCAAGGAGCAUUUUCCUGGAUGCUGUAGGCCAGUUUUGUCUCAUCUUCAAAAGAAAGCAGAGCUGUGGUUUGUUAACUCUGACUUUGCCUUUGAAUUUGCUCGGCCCCUGCUUCCCAACACUGUGUAUGUCGGAGGGUUAACGGCCAAACCUGUUAAACCACUGCCACCAGAAUUUGAGCAUUUCAUUGCCAAGUUUGGUGACUCUGGCUUUGUCCUGGUGGCCCUGGGCUCCAUGGUGAGCACCUAUCAGUCCCAGGAGGCUCUCAUGGAGAUGAACAAUGCCUUUACUCAUCUUUCCCAAGGGGUGAUAUGGUCAUGUAAGUGUCUUCAUUGGCCCAAGGACAUCCAGUUGGCAACAAAUGUGAAAAUCGUGGACUGGCUUCCUCAGAACGACCUAUUGGCUCACCCUCGCAUCCGUCUUUUUGUCACCCAUGGUGGGAUGAAUAGCGUAAUGGAGGCCAUCCAACACGGCGUGCCUAUGGUGGGGAUUCCUGUCCUUUCAGACCAGCAUGAAAAUGUGGUCCGAAUAGAAGUCAAAAAUUUAGGUGUCUCCCUGCAGUUAAAGCAGCUGAAGGCUGAGAUGUUGGCUCUGAAGAUGAAGCAAGUCAUAGAAGACAAGAGGUACAAAUCAGCAGCGGUGGCCACCAGCAUCAUCAGGCACUCCCACCCCCUGACCCCUGCCCAGAGGCUGGUGGGCUGGAUCGACCACAUCCUCCAGACAGGGGGUGCAGCACACCUCAAGCCCUAUGCCUUGCAGCAGCCCUGGCAUGAGCAGUACCUGCUAGACGUCUUCUUGUUCCUGCUGUUGGUCACCCUGGUCACCGUGUGGCUCUUUGGGAAACUGCUGGGCAUGGCAGCCAGGUGGCUGUGUGGGACCAGGAAGCUGAAGGAGGCCUGAGUCCACGUGCAACCUGUGGUGGGAGGGUUCGGAGACAGUGGCUCUUAGAAGGUAUCCCCGGCAUGGGCCGCCCCUGGUGUCCUUUACUCACAGCCACUUAACAGUGGCCGGAAAAUUGCUCCUCACUGUUCUGCCUCUGUUUAGACAGCCUUACAAGCACUGCUGGGAUUUUUUUUUUAAUUGUGGUAAAAUAGACAUCGCAUACAAGCUUCCAUUUUUAUCAUUAAAUACACAGUUCAGUGACCUAAAUGCUUUCACUUUGUCAUGCCUCACUACCUGCCACACAUCUCUACCAUCCAAUUCCAGGUCAUCUUCUCCUUCCCAAAGUAAAACUGCACCGAUUAAACAGUAACUCCCAUUCCCUGACCCACCCCCUGCCUCUGUCCUGUAGUUGGUCAGAGCCAGCCCCUCGCAGGACCACGCUGUGCUCUCUGCCCCAAGGUGGGCCCUCCUGCAGGGAGCACCUCCUUUGCUGGCAGGCCUGGCGGACUUCGACCCACAAUCCAUGCUGUGCUUCCUGUGAUUACAGUACCCUUUUCAAGAGUCCCGUUCUUCAAAAUGCGGUCACAGAUACCUCACGUGGAGCCUGGCACCUCCAUGUAUGGCUUUGGGGCUUCAGGCCCAGUGUCUGAGGCAGUGCUGAGACCUUCUUUGGUUUGGAACCUUUCCAUCCGCCACCCCUACAUGGCAGAGAACAUUGUGCAGGCAAUCCCUUAGGAAUAACAUUCAGUCCCUAGUAACACAAACCAGAAAAAGUAUGGCUUUAACACGUGGGUUUUUGUUUGUUUGUUUGGUUUUUCAAGUCUAGACCAAGUGUGGAGGAAGCCCAUGGAUUGCUGAUUUGAUGGCUCUAUCAUGUCUACAAAAGUUUCUCCACACAUCUCUCCUUCUAUGUAUCUAUAUAACAUUUAUAUAUAUACGUGUGUGUGUAUAUAUAUAUAUGUAAUUUCUUUUGUUGUGUUCUUCUUUUGUAAAUUGAUGUACAAAAUUGCCUUUCUUGUACAAGUUUUUCAAGAAAUAUUUCAUUUUCAAGUGA